GCCUGGCAACUCUCCCUCUCUCACCUUCCCUCCGCCGCUCUCCCUGCCUCGUCUUGGACUCUGGACGCACUCUGGUGAACACAGUUUGAGUUUCUCUUUCCUUCCUCUGCUUGGCGGUCCCUGUGGUGGCGUGCGUCCGCUGGAAAAUAGGUCGCUUUGUGGACGAACUGGUGUCGCGUGGCGUACGGCGCGCACCCUCUCGGAUUGGUGGGUUCGCAGUACCACGCUCAUCCUGCCUUGCCGGGAGUGCCCAUCAUCUCCCCUGUUUUCCGUCUGCGUGUUUCCUUGUGCGGAUGUGUAGCGCCUCGCCGCCGCGCCCUAGAUACGAGGAGGUGUGGCAGAUGUGCAGUGGAAGGUGUGGGGCGGUGUUAAGGUGCAAAGCGUGCUGCUGCCUUGGGUUUGGUAGGGAAAGUGAGCACCGCUGUCGCCAACGCAGGGAGGGAGGCGGGUCUCCCAGCCUGUGCGAGAGGCGCCCUCGGAGUCACCAGCAUCCCAUGACCCUGGUGAAUGAAGUCGUUAAGUAUUAAUGCGAGUAUCGGGCGUCGAGGGAAAGGUGCGGACUGGCGACCCAGUGAUGGGCGGGGGUCAGCCAGCCAGGCGUGUGGCUGCAGAUGACCACCCCGCUCGCCGUAUGUUCCCGCUCGUGCCCUGCCAGCGGGAAAACAUGAACAUUCCAUGUGUGUGUGUCAUGGCGAGGACACAGGGUGCAGAGGGCGAGUGGGAGGCAGUGUGUGUGUGUGUGUGGGGCCGCGGGCUGUGUUGCUGCCAGGGAGAGGCCGCCGCCAAGACUCCCUGAAACGCCUUCCAACAUCUAGGGGAUAUUAUUAUUAUUAUUUUUUCUUUUUUAUUAUUGUAUUAUUAGUCACAUAUUUUACACCCUGUCUUCAUUCCUCGUAUGGCAUGAGAGGCACGCAGUGGGUGGGGCGCGACGUGACAUGCCCUGUGCCCGCAGUGCCUAGAUGGCGGUGGUGCCGGGAAACACCUGCGCGGAACAGCUGUUGAACGAGGUCAGACUCACACCUGUGCUGCGCUACGGUGGCCUGUGUCGCCGCGGCCGUGAGUGUCGGGGUAGGAGAGGGUGUAGGGUGGAGGCUAUGAGAGAAGCUGUCUAAUGUAAGCACAGACAGCUUUGUAUGCGCGCGGCAGCUGGACGCAAGUAUGGUAUUUCCAGCUGCUGUUAUGUCACCGGUGAACUAAAGGUGCCGGAACGUACCGCAGACUGGGAAGCGGACUCUGAAUGGACGUCACCAAGAGGCAACUGAUGGCUGAGUUGCGGUCACAGCUGAAUGAACAGUUGCGGGCGCUCGAUGGCCGCGUGGACACACAGACGGCCUUGGUGGGGGAGCUGCAGGAUUGGUUCCGGCGUCGUGCAGAGCUCCACCAGGAUUAUUCCUUCAAGCUGGACAAACUGGCCAAGUCCCUCCAGGCGAGGCACAAGGAACAGAAGUACAAACGUGAACAGCUGCAUCUGUUGAGUGUUUACAGCUGCUGGAAUUCUUUAGUAAACCAGACGAGGAAAGAUGCACGGGAUCACGCUGCUAUGGCUGAUGUCUACCUCAACAACAUCAUUCCACGGUUCACCCAGAUCCAGGAUGAUGUACAGCGGAUAUACAAGAGGUGUCGGGAAAUUGGUUAUGAAAGUCACGAGGAACUGCUUAAGGUACUCCAUGAGCUCCACACCACCAUGCGAACUUAUCAUACAUACCAGACGGAGUUCAAGAAUGCUGAGACCAAACUACGUAACUUUGAAGCUCAGAGAAGCAAGUUGGAGCAAGGCAUUCCAAAGGAGAAACUGGAAAAGAGCAAGAAAUUUAGAGUUAUCGAGAAGGAAAUUCAGAAGAGAAGUAACAAGUAUAUGGAUGCCAAGCUGAAAGCAUUGAAGGCCCGUAAUGAAUAUAUUCUCUCAAUGGACUCUGCCAAUGCUGCCAUCCAUAAGUACUUUGUGGAAGAUCUGUCUGACAUUGUUGAUUGUAUGGACUUUGGGUUCCACAGCAGCAUAGCCCGAGCCCUGAAGACCCAUGUGUCUGGGCAGGAGUGUAUGCGAAGGAGUCUGCAGGGAGGCAUUGAUGAUAUAAAUAAAACUAUCAGCAACUUAGACUCUCGCUUGGACAAACAAAGAUUCCUGGAAUUCAACAAUGCUGCCUUUAUGUUACCCAAGAAGUUUGAGUUUCAAGGACACAAAGGGGAUGAGACUCAUGAGGAUUCCACCACAACACAGGUGAACCAGGUGGUGGUGAACCGCCAUGUCCAGGAGGAGAUGGAGAAGCGCUAUGCCCAUCUUGUCUCCAGACUAACAAGCCUCAAGACAGAGUCAGAGGAGACCUGGAAGACCAUUGAAACAGCAGAGAAAACCCUCAUGGAGAUGAUCAACACACGAGAUUAUGAUUGUGCCCAUUACUUUGUUGACGAGCCAAGGCCAGACAACAAGCAACCCGAGUCCAUAAUGAUCAAGAUGAAAGCAGACCGACAAGAGACUGAGGAUUUCUAUUUAAGCAAAUUCCGUGAAUACACCCUUGGAAGCAAUCUCAUAACUCGCUUACAAGCAAGGUAUGAGCUGAUGAGAAAGGCACUUGGAGAUGAGACACAGGCCUCCUCCUCCCCAACACCGACAAGGAAUUUGGUGAACAAGCCACGUCGGCGUCGCAUUGGACGCAACCCUCUGAUGGGGCAACCUAAGCUCUUUGGCGGGUCCCUGGAAGAAUAUUUGGAGGCUACUAGUCAGGAGAUUCCUCUCAUCAUGAAGUCUUGCAUCAGGGUCAUCAACCUUUAUGGCCUGCACCACCAAGGGAUAUUCAGAGUCUCUGGGUCCCAAGUGGAGAUUAACAACUUUAGGGAAUCCUUUGAGAGAAUGGAAGAUCCUCUGGCUGAUGUGACUGACGCCUCUGACAUCAACAGUGUGGCUGGUGUUUUGAAGCUAUACUUGCGGGAGCUGAGAGAGCCGCUCUUCCCAACUGUGUUCUUUGAUCAGUUCAUGGAAAUUGCUCCUUUAGAGAAAAAACAUGAUUUUGUAGUGAAGAUGAGAGAUGUCGUGACCAGUCUUCCCCGCCCAGUGUUUGUUGUGAUGCGUUACCUCUUCGCCUUCCUGAAUCACUUGUCAGAGUUCAGUGAUGAAAAUAUGAUGGACCCAUACAACUUGGCCAUCUGCUUUGGUCCCACACUAGUGCCGAUCCCUGACGACAAAGACCAGGUUCAGUAUCAGAAUCUGGUGAAUGAGCUCAUCAAGAACAUCAUCAUCUUUAGUGAAGACAUCUUCCCUGGUGAUGGCGGCCAUGUCUAUGAGAAGUACAUUUCCCGUGACUCCAUAGACCUGGAGGUGGAAGCUUGUGAUGCACCAUCCGAGAAUCCCGAUGAAGUGGACUCAGAGCCAGGCCAGUCAGAGGAUGAUUCAGUAUUUAGAGACAAAGAUAUUGCCCUUCAGAUAUUUGGAAAAAGUGAAAUCUUAGAAGCCAUAGCGCAGUUUGACUUCCUGGCUCGGUCUGAACGAGAGUUGAGCUUCAACAAGGGAGAUGUGCUGGUGCUGCACUCCCAGGUGUCCAGUGACUGGUGGCGCGGCUCAUUCCAGGGCAAGCAGGGCCUCAUCCCUGACAAAUAUAUCCUCCUCAAAAUCAGGGAUGAGGACAAAGAUCGUCUGAGUGAUCGAGGUGCAGCAGAACAGUUACGUAGGCGUGCAUCUUCAUCAUCUGAGUCCAUCCUGUCAUCUUCCACCCAACAAUCCUCUGAAGGGGUGAUAAAACCUACUGCACACAAUGGAGCUGCCCAGGCUCCCCUAUCACCCUCUCCAGCAUCAAUGCAGAGUCAGGACUCGUGUGCCAGCCCAGUGAGUCGCGAUGGCCUGGGAGGAGCCUCCUCCUCGCUCGGGCUGGACUCUGGCGGGGUGUCAGACGGGGCACAAGCUGACGGGGGCCGCUCCACCUCUCCGCUGCCCAGCACCCCAGGGCAGGCCUCCCACUCCCCCACCCCCCCACACUCCCUGCAACAUGGGGCUUGUCUCUCCCUCUCAGAUGUGUCGAGUAUCGUGUCUGUCCAGGAGGAGGAGAGACUCUUCAUCAGUGGUGAAUGCUCUCUGCAGGUCUCCAUGCAGGGUGAAGGUGGAGGUGCUGCCACCUCCUCCCCCUCUUCCCCCCAACCCACCCAGCAUCCCUCCUGCCCCCUCCUUGAGCCGGUGACCCAGUCUGUGGCCCCUGCACUGGUGGAGGAAGCAAAUGAAAAAGCCCAGAUGGAGGAGUCUCCGAAGGGCAAAGACCUGGAGCAGUUAAGCUCCAGCAUGAUAAAUUCCUCUACCAGUGGUGACUCGGCAAUCCGGGGGCCACUAUCUCACAGUAUGUUAGAAGUUCAUGAUGACGCAGGAGAACGUGGAAUUGGGGGCCAGUGGGAGCAGAGGCCAAGGUGCCCCUCCCAAAGCUCCAAUUUGUCAUCGAGUAGUUCAGAAGAGCGGCUCAAUCACUCUUCACCCUCGCCUCGCACAUUCUUGGAGCGACGGGCUAAGCUGAAACCAGCCGCUGGAGCUCCUGAUUUGGUGAUGGAUCUUCCAGUCACACCACUAUCGUCUUCCCCAAAGGAGCAUGGUGGCAUCACUAGGAUACGACGCCCCUACCUUACUCGUGAAAGUCAAAGUUAUGAUAGUUCUUCCUCAUCAGGGGGGUCAUCGCCAGGCACACAGUCUCCAGACAUGACUGGUGGUGAAGUAUUUGCUAAACAGAAUUUGAACACAUUGAAGAAAACACCAGCUCUAAAGACUUUUGGGAGUUACAGUACUGAUGCUCAGACACAGACUUUUAUUGCACAUAAAUUAACACCCUCUCUCAGUUUAGCUCAAAGGAACACUGAGGCUACAGAGUUAAGGAUAACAGAGGCAGAAGAACCUGUCUCAGUCUCAAGCAUUGUUCGUGCUUUAGAUCCUGCCAUGCAACCUGUGGACUCAGAGGUGCGAGGUGAACGUAAAGUGUCCUCUGAGGUGCGGGUGGAAAUCAGGUCAGCCUCAGAUAGGCCACCAGAGGGACCUGCACCUUCCACUCCAAAAUUGGCAGCAAGGUAUCUAGAAGCAGUGGCAUUAUCAACAGGUGGGACAGGGUCAGUUUCUAAGCCACCUGUUCGAGCAAAACCAUCUGUUCUCAAGAAGCCUUCGUUAACUAGAGGAUCGCCUGAACCUGAACCAUCAAAAUAAGUUAUUAGAUACAAGAACAAUGAAGGCAUGGUUUUACUUUCUUUUGUAAAAUUGGCAACACAUGAAUUAGACAAUGAAACAAAAAAAUUGUAUUCAGUAACAAUAUUGUAAAUUUGAAUAUGAUUAAGUAAUAAUGUGAGGGCACAUUCCCUGCCCCUUCUCCCAUAGAAUGCCUAAUUUAUAUAUCUGUUGACAAAUUUCUUUGUAUAAUAUGACAAUCUCAGUUCCAGAAAAUUCUAGUUAAAAGUUUUAGCAUUAAGCAUAUUUGUAGAUGAACCUUAUUUACUGUGAAUGAAACUUCUAUUACUGUACCUCAUAAUGGGGGACUGAACAUACCAAUCAUUGUAUAUUGUGCUGACCUGGCAGGAGUUAGAUACAAAGCCUUGUGUAACUUGAAAUUGUUAUCAAGUACUAUUUAACUGAUUAGUAAUGGAAUAUUGGCAAGAAUUGAUAUUGUAUAGAUUGUAGUGAGUACCAGACAGCAGAGGGUCACCAGCAUGGUAUGUGUAAUGCCUGCUUGGAUGAGGUGAACAUAUUGCUCAAGGUCAUGGUGCAAGGGCAAGGAAAUGAUUCUUCCAAUGGUAUUUCUUUUACUCUAAGCAGUAUUGGUGACAUCUUCAGCCUUUAGUCAGUAUGUAUUAAGGUUGGUUGGUUAGGUCACUAGUAAGAAAACCAUGAGAAGGGUAAUCAAGGCCAAUUUAUCUGUCAGUGUUGUGGAGCUGAAAGAUAAUUCAGCAAAAAUUUACAUCAGUAUUAAAUUCAUAGUUCAAGUCCACUAAAAUUAAAUAUGGAUGUAUGUAUGUAUGUGUGUGUAAACUAUCUAGUGUGUGUGUUCAUUGCAUUUUUAGACUGAAUAAACAUCAUGUGCACUUGAUUGCACCAUCUGGAAGGUACUAACCUAGUCAGUGGGACAACAGUAUGGGUAUCAAGUGAUCCCAGCAGUGUGUAGAAACUCCAGAACAGCACCUGUCCAAAUGGGAAUGGAAUAUUUUCUUACAGAAAUUAUAUACAGACUGAAGUGCUUUAUAACCAGAUGGUGUUAAUACUGAUAUUGAAUGGUGCUUUCGUGGUGAUGACAUGAUACAGAAUAUUAUUCCCACAAUAGGAUGUUGGGGAAACUGACUGGAAAAAAAAAAAAAAAAAAAAAAAAGGAUUUAGGGAAGGGCUCAAUGUAGUGUAAACUUUGACAAACCAUUCCUGUACAUACACUGGGUGAGAAUGGUGAGUGAGUGAGCUCGAGUUGUGUUGACAAGGAGCAGUCCACUGCACAGUGCUGCACCAGGAAUGCCAAAACGCUUCAUACUUGAGCUUAUUGAAAUUCCAGGAAACUGCUCAUCCUACUCAUGUUUGUAAACAUACCAAACGAUUAAGAUGUAAGUGAAUAGUUUAUAGUGAAGCAUGAAGCACAAUUAUGUGAUACAUGAUAAAGGACCAAUCUGCUAAGUGCUUAUUUUCCUAUACGAUAACUGUAGUGACAGAAACAUUAUUAUUUCCACUCUAGCAACCUGUGGAUUUAAGAAAUCCACUUGUGGAUUAUUAAAUUUUAGACCUGAAACUCCUAUAAUGUAAAUACAUGUAUAAUUUCACCUGUGUCCAUAACCCAUGACACAAGGGCACACAGCUGAGGCUGAGGCCAUUCCCAUCAACCCAAUCAUGGUUGUGGAGAGAAUUUUUGAUGGCUAAUGGGGAUGCUCAUCAUAUAUAUAUAUAUAUAUAUAUAUAUAUAUAUAUAUAUAUAUAUAUAUAUAUAUAUAUAUAUAUAUAUAGAAUUGGCUAAAUGUGUUUCAAGCAUUGUGUAGAGUGCAACACAGUUUUCCAUGAGGGAGUAUUCAUGAAACGAUGUGGUGGCAAGACUGGUGAGGAAUGUUGUGUGUGUAAGCCGUCUGUUCAAGGGAAAGCUGGAAGAAUUCUUUAUACUGAUGAAGAAAAUGUCAUUGUUAGCCAUUUAUGGCUGCAUAUUUUUAUUUUGAAAUAACAAAAGGUUUAGCAACUUUUCGCUGUUUCAAUAGAUGAUCGUAUGGUACCUGCCUUGUUUGGUAGGAACUGUUGUUUCUGGUCACUUUUACUGUAAAUAUUAUUAUUCUGAAAACUUGAACUGAAAAUCUUGAAAAUAACUUGUUUAAUUUUUUUAAUUUAUGGUUCUUAUUCAUUAUUAAAUACAUUUUCAUCCCAGUCAGGUACAGGACAAAUAUUCUGAAACAUUUGAAACCUUUUUCAGUUUAGUGAAAAUUUCAGAAGUGUCAUAUAUCCAAGUCGUAUUCUGAUACAGAUAUGCACGUUUAGCCAUGUUACGUGAAGUACCCAUGAACGUUUAAUGCUGCCUGAGAUAAGUAUAUACUUAAAUCUAUCUUUUUAUAAAUAGCUGAUGGAUGAAUUCUAAGGAGGUACAGAUGGUUCAUGUACAUACUGAUAUCAAUGUAUAAAACAUUGAAAUAUAAA